CGUUUCAAUUUCGUUCAUGCGCGACCAUUUAAAAUUUAAUACCUACACAAGACGAACUCGUAACUUCGGCCUCCACGGUUAUUGUUAAAGUGGUAACUGUAGAAGUGUCUAGUGAUUACAUAUUUAUCUUUCUUCUUCUUCUUCUUGUGGUCGUUCCCUCAAUGCUGAGGAUCGUGACUGUAUGUCAAUCUUCUCCACUCGGUUCGGUUCUGCGCCUUACGUACCACUUUAUAUUUAUUAUUAUAUUAUAUUUAUCUUUAAUCAAUGCUUAAUUCCUUAUUAAUCAUUUUAAACAUAUAGAUAAUGUCUAGUAAAUAGAAAAGAAAGUUGUCCAUAAUGCCUUGUCAUGUGAAGAUACUUAUUGGUAUAAGCAGUGGUUGACAUGUACGGGGGACGACACUACAGAAUAAAGAUGGCGCGUGUGAAUACUUAUGCGUUUCAUUACAGUUGUCUUAAUAACCUUUUACUAACUAAUUAAAUACAGUUAUUACAUGGCGCUGAGGACUUAAAGAACUUAUUGAGAUAAAUAUAAAAACCUAAGUGGAAGUAAACCGUUGUAAACGGAAGAUGGAUUCGUUAAAACCACCGCCACCAUUAUGCCUCAUGGGCGACUUGAAACAAAAUUUUCAAAAAUGGACACAGCAAUAUGAUAUUUAUAUGAUUGCUAGCGGGACGGAAGGUGAUGAAAAAAUUAAAGAUAAGCAGAAAAAGGCAAUCUAUUUGCACUGCCUAGGUGCAGAAGCACUAACCAUAUACAAUGGUUUUAAGAACAAAGAAAAGUUAUCUUAUGUGGAAGUAAAACAGAAGUUUAAUGAAUAUUGUUCGCCACCCGGAAAUGAAACUUUUAGUAGACAUGUCUUCUUCAGCAGAAAAAAGAGAGAUGGAGAAAGUUUUGAUGAAUUUUUCUGUACGUUGAGAAAAUUGGCGGGAGACUGUGGGUUUGCAGACCUAGAAGAAAGCUUAAUAAGAGACCAAAUCAUAUUAGGCUUAAAUGAUGCCAAAUUAACAGAAAGAUUGCUUAAGUAAUCGACCUUAACAUUGGAUAGCUGCAUGAAAAUAUGUAAAGUGGCUGAGAGUGCUGCAAAACAGGUUCAAGUCAUGACAGAAAAGACAGUUGAAGCUGUUACAAGAAAACAAGAAUCUCGAAGCAGAAUGCCUAAUCAGAAUAAAACCAGUUUUAAUAAUAAACAACAUCUAGGUAAGAGUGCAGAAGGAUCAGUAAGGUUGAAGAAUAAUAAUUGUGAAAGAUGCGGAGGAGUGCAUUCUCAUCGAUCCUGCCCAGCCUUUGGAAGGAGAUGUGCUAAGUGUAAUCGAUAUGGACAUUACAUGCAGAUGUGCAGAACAGUUGGUGCUGUGUAUGUCAGCGAUGAUGAUAGUGAUGACUCAUUAGUAGUGGGGUCAGUAACUGUGGGCCAGGUUGAUACAGAGGACUGGAUCGUUGAGGCAAAAGUGAGAGGACAGAAGAUGAAGUUCAAAGUGGAUACAGGAUCGCAGGUUAAUAUUUUGACUAGUGCUAUAGUGAAAAAACUAGACUUAAAAAUGACAGAAACUUGUACAAAAUUAAAAAACUUUGAUGGCUCAACUAUAGAAACAGUAGGUAUGACUAAAACUAUAGUGAAAUUCAAUAAAAAAAAAUAUGUACUUGACUUUUAUGUGGUAAAAUUUAAAACUACUAAUGUGCUGAGCUAUAAAGCUGCUGUGCAGUUGGGUUUAAUAAACAAAGUUGAAAAUAUUUCAAAGGAAUAUGUAGUUCAGGACAUUGGUGAAUACAAAGAUUUGUUUCAUGGCUUAGGAAAAUUGAACUAUGUAUACAAAAUUAAAUUAACAGACAAUUGUGCACCUAUAGUGGAGCCACCAAGGAAAAUUCCUUUUAAAUUAGUAGAUAAAGUAAAAAAUGAGCUUGAUCGAUUGGAGCAACUGGAUGUAAUAAAGAAAGUGCAAGAACCAACUGAGUGGGUUAACUCUAUGGUGAUUGUAAAAAAAAGUCAAGAUAAAAUUAGAUUGUGUUUAGAUCCACAAAAUAUAAACAAAUGUAUCAUUAGAGAACGUCAUAAAAUACCUACCUUUGAGGAACUUACUUCAGCCAUGCCUGAUGCCAAAUAUUACUCAGUGUUAGAUGCAAACAAAGGAUUUUAUCAGAUUUUGUUAGCAGAAGAAAGUCAACUGCUAACAACGUUCAAUGCAGGUCAAUUUGGAAGAUAUUGUUUUAAGCGGUUACCAUUUGGCCUGAAUUCUGCCCCUGAGGUAUUUACUAAGUGUUAUUCAGAAAUUUUCAAUGAUAUACAGGGUGUAGUAACUUAUGUUGAUGAAAUAUUAUUAUGGGGAGAUACAAAAAAAACACAUGAUGAAAGAUUACUCCAAGUUUUAGAAAAGGCUCGGCAGGCUGGGGUCAAGUUUAAUAAAGAGAAAUGUGUCAUAGGUGUAAAAGAGGUUAAAUAUGUGGGUCAUAUCCUAUCUAGUGAGGGCCUUAAGCCAGACCCAGAAAAAGUGCGAGCUAUUGUGGACAUGAAAGAGCCAACAACAAAAAAGGAAUUACAAACUGUCUUGGGUAUUAUAACAUACAUUUCUAAAUUUAUACCAAAUACAUCAGAAUUGACAGAAUCACUAAGACAAUUGCUAAAAAAAAACGUAGAGUACAUUUGGGGUGACAAACAAAAAGAAGAUUUUAAAAAACUAAAACAAUUUCUCACUAGUGCAACAGUGCUCAGAUACUUUGAUGUCAACAAACCAGUGACUCUUUCAGUCGACAGUAGUUCCACAGGGUUGGGAGCGGUACUCCUACAGGAUAAUUUACCAGUUGCUUAUGGGUCAAAGACCUUGACAGAGUGCCAAAAGUCAUGGGCACAAAUUGAAAAAGAAAUGUUGGCAAUAGUAUAUGGAUGUGAAAAGUUUCAUCAAUAUAUUUAUGAUAAACAUGUAAUAGUUGAAUCUGAUCAUAGGCCUUUAGAAUACAUAUUAAAAAAAACAAUCAAUGAAACUCCACUAAGACUACAAAGGCUUAGAUUGAGAAUUCAAGGGUAUGACCUGGAAAUAAGAUAUAAACCAGGAAAAGAAUUAUUUGUAGCUGACGCCUUGUCUAGGAAUAGCUUACCAGACAAAAUAUGUAAUAAAGAUUUGGAUCAGCAUGUAGAAUUGCAUGUUUGCUUGAUAACGGAAGGAUUAAAAUUCACAGAACAAAAAUUAGAAGAUUUUAAAAAAAAAACUGCAAAUGAUGAAGAAUGUCAAAAAAUUAUAAAAAAUAUUGAAAUGGGAUGGCCAGAUAAAGUAAAAUUACCAACAGAUUUAAAAUAUUAUCAUUCUAUAAAAGAGGAUUUGUAUUAUGCAAAUGGGUUAAUAUUUAAAAAUAAUGCAGUUUUUGUACCAAAGUCACUGAGGAAAGAAAUAUUAAACUUAAUUCACUACAACCACCUAGGAUUAGAAAAAUGCAAAAAUAAGAUAAGAGGAUUGUUAUAUUGGCCAUUUAUGAAUAAAGAGCUGGAAGACCACAUCAGAAACUGUGAAGCAUGUUUGAAAUAUCAAAAAUCUCAUUCAUUUGAAACCCUAAUUCUAAGGGACAUACCGAAACAACCCUGGGAUAUAAUAGGAGCUGAUAUGUUCUUCUAUAAAAAUAAUAUAUACUUAAUGGUUGUAGAUUAUUUAACUAAAUAUGUGGAAAUUAUAAAUAUGGUGGAUCAAUCCACGCAAAGUCACAUAUUAGCAUUAAAGCAGAUGUUCGCGAGAUGGGGUAUUCCAACAAAGCUAUGUACAGAUGAUGCAUCACAGUUUAAUAGUUACGAAUUUCAAGAAUUUGUGAAAGAAUGGGGAUUUCAGUUAGUUAAAUCUAGUCCAUAUUAUGCGAGGUCCAACGGUAUGGUUGAACGGCACAUUCAGAUUGUUAAAAAAAUGUUUAAAAAAUGUGAUUUUGAUCAGAAAGAUAUUUAUAUGGCCUUGAUGGAAUAUCGCAACACACCUAUAGAUUCAGAAAUUAACAUGUCUCCUAAUGAGUUACUCUUAGGAAGACAAACAGUAACUUUGUUACCUACCAGAUCUUCUUUGCCAGGUAAAAAUAAAUUAAAGAAAGUUAGGAAUAGUUUGCAGAAAAAGCAAAUUAAAUACAAAUAUUAUCAUGAUAGAAGAAAUAAUCAAAAAGGAAUUGAGUUUACAGAGGGUCAAAAUGUGUUUAUAAGGGAUAGUAAAAAUAAAAAUCUUAGGGGGAAAAUAAUACAAAAAAACAAUCAUAGAGCAUACAAUAUUCUAACAGAGCAAGGACAAGUGAUUAAAAGAAAUAGAUACAAUAUUUACAAAGGCUCUUCUAAUAGACAAAGAGACUAUAACAGUGGUGAUAUAGAAGAUUCAAUUGGUAGUAGUGGCAUUGGCAGUGAAAAUGACAAUAUUGAGAGUGACAAUGACAAUAUACAGUCUAAUGACACUACUAGCAAUAGGAAGUCAGUAACUUUGGAAAAUGUAAAUACUGACAUAAGGCAAACAAGGUCUGGAAGGCAGGUAAAACAACCAAGUUGGCUAAAGGGUCAAGUCUUAUAUUAAGUUAGAAUCUAAGUUAAAUAAAACUUCAAAUUGGUUACUUUGUAGGUUUAUUUGAGUAAAGAAAGGGAGAUGUCAUGUGAAGAUACUUAUUGGUAUAAGCUGUGGUUGACAUGUACGGGGGACGACACUACAGAAUAAAGAUGGCGCGUGUGAAUA